UUUACUUCAAACAGUAUGGAUGCAUCAAAGUUGAACACAACCUAUUCUGACAUAAAACAGGAAGCAGAACUUAUACAUGCUCUGGCUGUGUUCCUGCCCUCCCCUUGCCAUCUUAAGGAUCCUGACAGUCUGAGCCUAGCUGUCAGGCAGGUUUCAACACGGGCGUUUCACCCUGAAGACAGAGAGACCGAAAAAGAUCCUUUGAGAAUGUCGAGCUCUCUGGUUGUGUGUGAGGUGGAAGAAAGCCUGAUUGCUAAGCUGAAACAGUUUAGAUUUCGAAAAGAGACCACCAAUGCUGCCAUAGUGAUGAAAAUAGACCAGAAGAAACAACUUGUUAUCCUUGAGGAGGAAUAUGAGGACAUUUCAAUGGAUACAUUGCGAGAGGAACUUCCAGAGCGGCAACCCAGAUUCGUUGUCUACAGCUACAAAUAUGUCCAUGAUGAUGGGAGGGUUUCUUACCCUCUGUGUUUCAUAUACUCCAGUCCAAAUGGAUGUAAAACAGAACAGCAGAUGAUGUACGCCGGCAGCAAAAAUGAACUGGUCAAGACUGCAGAGCUCACAAAGGUCUUUGAAACAAGAAACACUGAGGAAUUGACAGAGGAAUGGCUGAAGAAAAAGCUGGGUUUUUUCCGCUAAAUAUGCAUCUCCCAUCCCCUCAAUAUCAUCAGUCCUUACCUUUGUGAAUCAGAGUCAGAUUUUCAUUGUCCAAUGGUUGUGCAUGUUACUGCUGUUAAAUGAUUUACUGUUUGAAAUCCAUCACUUCAGAUAUAAUGAUCCCAUAUUAGUGCGCUGUAACUGUAUAAAUCAAACAUUAAAUCAUUUUUAAAAAGGGA